AAAGCAACUCGGAAGUCAUGCAGGGCUGCUGACGUCACUUCCUAGUGAGGACAGAUUCAGGAAGGAACAUUUUUACACUCAUAUUGCAGACAUGAGGCUGUGUUUGGUGUUAGCUGUCACACUAAUGUCCAUCCUCAUGGCGGUCGUGCAUGGGUCGGAAAAGAAAAAACUACAGAUAGGAAUUAAGAAACGAGUGGACAACUGUCCUAUUAAGUCCCGAAAGGGAGACGUGCUGAACAUGCACUACACUGGGAAACUGGAGGAUGGGACAGAAUUUGACAGCAGCAUCCCGAGGAAUCAGCCCUUCACCUUCACGCUUGGCACUGGGCAGGUUAUCAAGGGAUGGGACCAGGGUUUAUUGGGAAUGUGUGAGGGUGAGAAGAGGAAGCUGGUUAUACCCUCUGAGCUUGGUUAUGGUGACAGAGGAGCACCACCUAAAAUUCCAGGUGGCGCCACACUCAUCUUUGAAGUCGAGCUGUUGAGUAUCGAGAGAAGAUCUGACCUAUAGUGAGCGAUUUGAGGACAUGUGAGCACUUAAAAUCGGUGUGUUUGCAAUAAGAACAAACCACGGCGAUGGACUCUACAUUGCUGUAACAUGUCUAUGAUACCUGCAUAGAAAUUUGGGGUUUACAAGAAUAUGUUCAGUCAGGCAUCAGAGGCAAAAUAGAAAAUCAGUAACAUUCUUCAUUUGUAAAUUUCAGUGAUUUCACUUUAAAGAAAAAAUCAACACGCAGUUUUUUUUAGACAUGUAUGUAGCACCAUUCUUUAUUUGAGAGCCUUACUACACAUAUUUGGUUGUGAGUGCACACGGUACAGUUUUGCCAUUCCAACAAGUUCUGAUCCACAAGAGACGCAUUUCUCAAUCACGUUCACUUGAAAUUAAAUAAACGUUUUAUUUACAAAAGA